ACUAAACCGCCAUUGGACCCUCUUGUCCUCCUACCAGUGACUGCCUUGGGUGACCCGUGCUUGGAUUUUAUUUUCGCUCCUUCUCCUCCCCACAGUCUCACCAAAAUGCCCGCUGCCACCCGUGCCGUCCUGCGGCAAUCGCAGUUCCUGACCCGGAGAACCGCCGUCAGACACGCCUCAUCCUCCUCGGAGAAGGCUACCCAGGCUGCCUCCAAGGCUCAGGAGGGUCUUUCCAAGGCCACUGCUGCUGCUGGCCCGGCUCUCUCCAAUGCCGCUACUGCCCUCCGCAAGGUCGGCGGCCCCGUCGGCAAGGUCGUUUCGUUCGUCGACUCUAUGAUCCCCCCGACCAUCUACUACUCCAAGGUCGGCAUUGAGCUCGGUCGUCUGGUUUUCCGUGGCCAGAACAUGGCUCCUCCCAACAUGGCCACUUUCCAGUCCUACUUCCAGCCUCUGAUCAACGUCGCUCGCAACCCCGCCUCUUUCAAGACCCUCAGCUUUCCCUCUCCCCAGAACUUCCUGGCUCGUGUCCGCAACGCCAGCCCCAAGGAGCUUGCUCUUGCCGGUGUCACCGCUGCUGAGGUCAUUGGUUUCUUCACCGUUGGUGAGAUGAUCGGCCGCAUGAACCUGAUCGGCUACCGCGGCGAGGCUCCUUCCCACCACUAG